UAGUAAUAGGACGUUUUCCAAUCUAAAUUGUAUUACAAUAUAUUCGUACUAGAACUGUAAAUAGAAUUAAAAAUGACGGAAAACGACACUACUGUAGGAACAAAACACUGUGUUAAAAGUGACAUUGAAAAUGAACGAAAAUCCUAUAUAGACUGGGAUGAAUAUUUUAUGGCAACAGCAGUUUUGGCUGCAAAACGAAGUAAGGAUCCCUGUACAAAAGUUGGAGCAUGCAUAGUAAAUGAUGAACGAAGAAUUGUGAGUGUUGGGUAUAAUGGAAUGCCCAUUGGUUGCAGUGAUAAGGAUUUUCCCUGGACCAAAGGUUCAAGCAAUCCUUUAGAAAAUAAAAAAUUUUAUGUAUGUCAUGCAGAGGUUAAUGCCAUUUUGAACAAAAACUGUAGUGAUGUUAAAAAUUGUACCAUGUAUGUUGGUCUUUUUCCCUGUAAUGAGUGUGCCAAAGUAAUUAUACAAUCUGGAAUAAAAACAAUUAUUUAUAUGUCGGAUAAACAUGCACACAAAAAUAAAACUAUAGCUGCUAAAAAAAUGUUUGAUGCGACAGGUGUUAUAUACAGAAAAUAUACUCCAAAGAAUGAAAAAAUUAUAAUUGACUUUACAUCUAUUGACAAGAACGAAGUGGAACAGACACAUGAAAAAAGCAGUACAUCUAAGAAAUUGAAACUUCCAACUAAUAUUACUGGUUAAAGAACACACAAAAAUAUGACACCAUAUCUAUGGUAAUGUUGUUGCUGAUGUAUGGAGAAAAUUUGAUUAAUAUUUUUGUAC